AAUGAAGAGAUAUCAUCAGAGACAGAUCAUUUUGACGGGAUUUUCCUUUAGGCCCUUCUUCUUUCUUCCUCUUCCGAUCUACUUUGAAACCAUUUGAUUCUUCCUAUAAAACCUAAAAAUCUUGAGCUGUGACCAUUGAUUUCAUGGGAAAGUUCGGAUUUUUCCGGUAGAAUUUACUGAUUUGAGGCCUAAUUCGCCGAAUUUCCGGCGAGAUUUAACUAAACAACGAGAUCGGUGCUUCCGUUGUUGUUGUGUUUAUACGCAUGAGCUGUUUCGUUAAUCUGGGGAUUUCCUCGAAUUCAAAUCACUUCAUCACUUGUCUUCUGAUUUUUGUUCUUCAUUAUUCACCUCAAUUACGUCCUGCUUUGUUUAAAUUUGAGAAACCGUUGAAGUCUAGAUUAAAUAAUCUUAAUCGUCAACAAUCGUCUCAGUAUGGAGUCACGAGAUCAGAAUAAUCGUCAAUUGAAGAGAGCUUCUUGCUACUCGAAUGCUGGGACAUCCCGCUCGCCCUCCGUCAUUGUUAUAGGAGGUGGAUUUGCUGGUAUUGCAGCUGCUCAUGCUCUUCAUGAUGCCUCUUUUCAGGUUGUCCUUCUGGAAUCAAGGGAUCGAAUUGGUGGUCGGGUGUAUACUGAUUACUCUUUUGGUUUUCCUGUGGAUAUGGGUGCAUCAUGGUUGCAUGGUGUUUGCAAAGAGAAUCCAUUGGCACCAAUUAUUGGAAGACUGGGAUUACCACUCUACCGUACCAGCGGUGAUAACUCCGUGCUGUAUGACCAUGAUUUGGAAAGCUAUGCACUUUUUGAUAUGGAUGGGAAUCAAGUUCCACAAGAUCUAGUGACCAAGGUUGGCCAAGCAUUCGAGAGCAUUUUAACAGAGACAGAAAAAGUAAGAGCAGAGCAAAGUGAAGAUAUGUCUAUACGCCGUGCAUUUGAUAUUGUUUUUGAAAGGAGGCCCGAUCUCAGGCUAGAAGGACUGUCCUAUAAGGUACUGCAGUGGUACUUAUGUAGAAUGGAAGGUUGGUUUGCUGCAGAUGCAGAUACCAUCUCACUUAGAUGUUGGGAUCAGGAAGAACUUCUCCCUGGCGGUCAUGGACUUAUGGUCCGUGGUUAUCGCCCUGUUAUAAACACUCUUGCCAAAGGGCUGGACAUACGUUUGAACCAUAGGGUCACAAAAAUUGCCCGUCGUUACAAUGGAGUGAAAGUAACAGUUGAGGAUGGAAGAACAUUUGUAGCAGAUGCAGCUGUUAUUGCAGUUCCUCUUGGUGUUCUAAAAGCCAAGAGCAUAAAGUUUGAGCCAAAACUACCAGAUUGGAAAGAAGAUGCAAUCGCUGACCUUGGUGUUGGGAUAGAGAACAAGAUAGCAUUGCACUUUGACAAGGUUUUCUGGCCUAAUGUGGAGUUCCUGGGUGUGGUUGCUUUAACUUCUUACGAAUGCAGCUACUUCCUAAACCUCCAUAAAGCAACUGGACAUCCUGUCCUUGUUUAUAUGCCUGCAGGUCAACUCGCUCAAGACAUCGAGAAGAUGACAGAUGAGGCUGCUGCUAGUUUCGCUUUUAUGCAACUUAAGAAGAUCCUUCCAGAUGCUUCUGAGCCGAUUCAGUAUCUUGUUUCUCACUGGGGAACAGAUGCCAACUCACUUGGCUCCUACACCUAUGAUUUAGUUGGAAAACCACAUAACCUAUACGAGAGGGUACGGGUCCCUGUAGACAAUCUAUUCUUUGCCGGGGAGGCUACAAGUAUUAAUUAUCCAGGGUCCGUGCAUGGAGCAUACUCCACUGGACUGUUGGCUGCUGAGGACUGCAGGAUGCGUGUCUUGGAACGGUAUGGAGAGUUGGAUUUAUUGAACCCAAUCAUGGGCGAGGAUGUGUCGGUACCCUUGCUAAUCUCUCGCCUGUAACCAUUCCCAACCUUUUUUCUCCGUUGAUCUAUGUCAACAUAGGGUCUGGCUAACACGAUAUUGCCUUUGGAUUGGGUGCCACAUAGGAAAAUAAUCCGUUUUCCUUGGAUUUCUCAAGAUUGGGAUAAUGUGUUGGUCCUUUAUUGUGUGACAUAGCUGAGUUAGGGCUGUAGACAAUUGAUAUAUUUAUGUACUCAUUUUAGUUUGCCAAAGAGGGUGAGAACAUAGGACUUUUCAAUGCAUUCAUCGUAUGUAUAGACAUAGAUAUAGGUAUUAUAGGUUAUACCUGUAUGAGAAUAUACACGAAGACGAUGGGAAUGACAUUGGCAUAUGGACUUCAAAGAA